AUGAUCAAUCCUUACCACCCGCUUCAUAUGGGCAUCAUACCGCCGCAUUUAAACGGCUCAACGACUGGUCGUAACUCGGCCAGCCCUAAACUUGACACCGAGGACCCGAGUGCCGCAAUGACCGCCCACGGCUCUGCAUCAGCCGCCGAUCUCGCCUCGACCCCGCACAGUACUAACGAUUUAGUUCCUGGAGUGGCUGGGAAUGGAGAGAGAUAUUCCGUUGAAUAUCUUUCCCAGCUCCUCAAGGACAAAAAACAAUUGGCCGCUUUUCCGAACGUUUUCCAUCACUUAGAACGUCUAGCAGAUGAAGAAAUCAGCAAAGUUCGCGUGGCACUUUUCCAGUUUGAGUUCAACAAAGGAGAUCUACAGCUACCGGAAGCCGAGGGAGAAGCACAGGUCUUCACAGAACGAAUCUUUGUCCCAGCAAAAGAACAUCCCGAUUACAACUUUGUCGGACGUAUUCUUGGACCACGAGGGAUGACUGCGAAACAACUUGAGCAAGAGACUGGGUGUAAAAUCAUGGUUCGAGGACGAGGAUCGAUGCGUGAUAAGAAAAAGGAGGAAUUGAACCGUGGAAAACCAAAUUGGGAGCAUUUGAAUGAAGAACUACAUGUGUUGAUUCAGGUUGAAGACACCCAGAAUAGAGCCAAAGUGAAACUGCAGCGAGCAAUGGAUGAGAUUAAGAAAUUACUUGUUCCAGCGCCCGAAGGCGAAGAUGAAUUGAAAAGGAAACAACUGAUGGAGUUGGCAAUUAUCAAUGGCACCUACCGUAGCUCUUCUCAGCAAAAUGCCGUCGUUGCUGCUCAAUUGGCGGCCGCAAAACAGACUGGAUUAGCCGCAAUUCAAGCGGCUGCCAUUGCACAAAGUCAAAGGGCUCUUCUUCCUCUUCAAUUGGCGGGAGCUGGAGGACAAAUUCGCUCACCAGGACUUGCGGGUGCUCCGAUCAUUAUGUCACCACAAACACGACAAGUGGCUACGAGUCAAGCGGCAUCAUUAGCACUUGCUCAACAACAAGCCGCAUUAGUGGCCACUUCACAGGCGACCGGUCACGAUCAAGCGGCGUUGAUGGCUCAUCAAGCGGCUUUCUUUCAACAACAACAGGCAGCAGUCGAUUAUCAGCAACUGCUUCUUGGACAACAAGCUGCACUUGGAUAUGAUGCUCAGACGCUACAAGCAAUGCAAUACGCGCAAGCUCAACAACAGCAAUUGGCGGCGGCUGCAGGUGGCAUGCUUGGUCAGUACAUCCAAACCGCUGAGUACAGCGUUCAGGAUCUAGCCGGUGCUGCGGCACAAAGUGCACCCGGUGCAAUGCUGCAACAGCGACGGCUGAAACGGGUCCUUCACUCCGCGCUCAACUUAUCCCAAAGAAUCUUUGAUAAU